CGUAAAGUGUCGCAGAGCAGGAGGGUCGCUCUGAUUUUCCUCACAUUUUCAGGGAGGUUUGUCACCACUCCUCCCUCCUGAGGCGCACGCGCGGGUGGGGUGGGGGGCAUGUCUAUCUCAGUCUGAUCCGGACUCCGCGCACGAGCGCCUCCAUUAAGAAUUUGGGGAGUGCGCGGAGGAAGAUGCUGCCGCUGCUGGUUCUGCUGCUGCCGCUCAGCCUGAGCGCGCUCGGCCGCCCUGACGAGCUCCAGUCUGAGCCGGACUCCGAGUCUCUGGAGGACCUGGACCUGGACCUGGAUCUGGCGCUGCGCAGAGUCCCGCGGCAGGUGAAAACCAUCCUGGCAAAGGAGACCAAACCUCACAUCCAGGAGCUCUCCAUCAAGACCACCAUCAUCUCCCGCUACGCCUUCACGGCGGUGAACUGCGCCAUGGUCAACCGGCACAUUUCCGCCGCCGAGGGGGUCUUCCAGUUCCAGAUCCCCGCUGAUGCCUACAUCUCCAACUUCACCAUGAUCGUCGGGGGGCGUGUCUACCAGGGUGAGGUCACGUCGAAGGAGAGGAGGGUCAAACAAGGGAACAGCAAAGCCAAGAGCCAAGAUUCCAGCGAGAACAGUCCAGAACCGGAGGUGGAGGUCUUCAGGACGGCGGUGAACAUUCCCGGGCGGAACCGGGCCGUCUUCCUGCUGACGUACGAGCAGCUGCUGCAGCGCCGGCUGGGGCGCUACCGACACGUCACCAGUCUGAGGCCCCUGCAGCUGGUCAGCCGCCUCAGCCUGGACGUGACCAUCGCGGAUCACGCGCCCAUCACGGACCUGGAGGUGCUUCCGCUCCAAAGCAGCAGGACCAGCAGCAGUUCUUCCAACUCGCCCAGCGGAUCCAAGACAGCAGUGAAGCCUGUGCUUCCCAUCACCACCGAGAUCAAACAGCAGGACAACGUCUGGAGGAUCACCUUCAGCCCAAACAUCGUCCAGCAGGCCCGCAUCUCCACCAGCGGCAUCCUGGGAGACUUUGUGGUCCGCUACGACGUGCAGAGAGAGCUGGGGAUCGGAGACAUCCAGGUUCUCAACGGGCAUUUCGUGCACUACUUCGCCCCCAAAGACCUCCCCGCCGUCCCCAAGAACGUGGUGUUUGUGAUCGAUACCAGCGCCUCCAUGCUGGGGGCGAAGAUGAGACAGACCAAAGAUGCUCUUUUCACCAUCCUGAAGGACCUGCGACCUGGAGAUCAUUUUAACUUCAUCAGCUUUUCCAAUAAGAUCAAAGUUUGGCAACCGAACCGUCUGGUGCCGGUGACGCCGCUGAACAUCAGAGAUGCCAAGAAGUUCAUCUACUUGCUGAUGCCAACAGGGGGCACCAACAUUGAUGGCGCCAUCCAGAUGGGCUCCUCCGUGCUUCGUGAGUACCUCUCAGGAUCAGACAGCGGUCAGAACAGCGUCUCCCUGAUCAUUUUUCUGACGGAUGGACGGCCCACCAUCGGAGAGGUCCAGUCAGCUACAAUCCUGGGGAACACGCGCUCGGCCGUGCAGGAGAAGUUCUGCGUCUUCACCAUCGGGAUUGGUAAUGACGUGGAUUACCGGCUGCUGGAGCGGAUGGCGUUGGAUAACUGCGGGAUGAUGAGGCGGAUCCCCGAGGAGGCGGAUGCCAGCGCCAUGCUGAAAGGGUUCUAUGAUGAAAUAGGAACUCCUCUGCUGUCCGACAUAAGAAUCAACUACACAGAGAGCACUGUCGGAUACGUCACCCAGAACCUUUUCACCAACUACUUCAACGGCUCUGAGAUCGUCAUCGCUGGGAAGCUGAAGAACACCAGUGCAGAGUCCCUCCAUGUGCAGGUCACCGCCAGCAACAACGACAAGAGCAUUGUUCUAGAGACAGACGUGCCUUUGCAGCAUCGACAGCUGGAGACUCAGAGGCGCGUUAAGGAAGCCACUGCUGCAAUGGCGGCAGGAGCCAAAGCUCCAGCGUCAGGAUCAUUGUCAGGACUGGGGUUCCCUCUUGGUUCCAUUGCAGAACACUUUGCAGAACGUGUCUGGGGUUUCCUAAGCGUCAAAGAAGGGCUACGGGCACGGCUACGCAGUACAACCAGCAAAGAGAGAGAAGAUCACAUCCAACGGGCCACCAACCUGUCUUUGACCUACAACUUCCUCACCCCACUAACAAACAUGGUGGUGGAGAAACCUGUUGUCCUGGCUGAUGGGACUAUGGAAACAGCCUCUAAUGCAGCACCUGAGGCAGAUGAGAUGCCCCCUGCUGCCAAUGACCUUCCAGGUGAAGCAGAUGCUGAAGCAGAACAGAGGCCAAUCAGGAGGCUGGGCAGCCAGACUGCCCCUUUGACGAACACAUUAGGUAAAGACAACCGGAGACCAGCCAAGAAACCCAUCACCAUCUCCAAAACAUCAGCGGACGGUGACCCCCACUUUGUGGUAGAGUUUCCCCUCAGUAAGCUAACGGUGUGCUUUAACAUUAACGGUGAACCUGGACACGUCCUUAGCCUGGUUUCUGACCACAAAUACUCAGGCGUUACAGCCAAUGGCAAGCUCAUUGGUGCCCCAGCGCCUCCAGGCAGCCACAAGCAGCAGCGCACCUACUUCAGCACCAUCACCAUCGUGGCGGAUCGACCCAAACGGGCCUACAUCGAGGUGACGCCCAGGAAGGUCAUCCUGGAUGGACAGGACCGCAUCGUCCUGCCCUGCCACUCCACCGCUGCGGUGGACAGCGGCGUGCUGUCUGUGGCUGUGGUGGGGAAGGCCAAUGUGACUGUGACCAUAGGAGGAAACAUCAGCUUUGUCAUCUUGUUGCAUCAGUACAAGAACCCGGCGCCUUACCAAAGAGACCACCUAGGCUUCUACAUCGGCAACAGUAAGGGGCUGUCGGACAACUGUCACGGUCUGCUGGGUCAGUUUCUCCACCAGGAAGUGGGUCUGGCGGAACUUCCUGUGCAGGUGGGGGCUGAACCCGACACAGUCCUGAAGGUGAAAGAUCGUUCGGUGCCGGUGGUUCACAAAAGCAGGAAGAUUUACAGCGGCACGCAGAGCGUCGACUGCUGGUUCGCCCGCAACAACGCAGCCAAGCUGAUAGACGGACAGUAUGAGGACUAUCUGAUGUCGCACAUGUUUGACACGGGAGACUGGCCACAGGGGACAAACCGGAUGUGAGCCGGUUCAGAAAAUCUGUAAACCAACAAGUUUUUUAUUUUUUAAAGGUCAAUUUUGACUUUAUCUUUAUUGUAUUUUUUAUCGAAAGUUUAUGUUUUUAUUAUUUUGUUACAUUUGUGACUGUAAAUAAAACCUUUAACCCUA